AUGAUAGUGUCGAUGCUAUUGAUUCUAUUUGUUAAUCAAUGUCUAAGUCAAAAUGGUUUUCCAAAACAAUUUCAAGCAAUAUUGAAUAUAAGUGGAAUAGGUUCUUGGGAUUCACCAUUUCCAGGUGUUAAACAAUUAUUGUAUGAUUAUGAAAAUUUACGAGUUCGUUUCGAUAUUCAAGGAUCACGAGCAAAACAAAAUGAAACUUGGAUGCUUCAAUAUAAACCCAAAGGUGCUGAAGCCGAUUCAGUAAGUAGAAAAUGAUUCAUUAUGAAAAAAAAAAGAUUAAUCAUGAAUCGUAUUUCAGCCAGCUUCGCAGGGUUAUACAAUAUUUAAUUUCAAUCCUGAUUUUCCGUACUUCACAAAAGUAAAAAAAAACAAUUUUCCUUGUUUUUCUCUCCAAAAUAAAUGUUUUUUAGAACGAUUGUUGGUAUAGAACAAACUCAAUGAUUGAUAUAGGUCCAUUUCCAAUCAGUUGGUUGCAUGGCGUAGAAAAUUAUAUUCAAAUUUACCCAUGGUAUCCGUUAUCACCGAAUCUUAUUAAUAACCCAUGUAAAUAUUUUUUUGAUAAAAACGCGUCUGAGUUGCGUUUCGUUGCGUCUCAAUCCCAGCGAAGAAACGCAAAAAAGGCGUCCCCAGUGAAACAUUUGCUGCGGCUAGAUGCGGUUGGAGAAAAUCGCGUCUACACGCGGUUGUAAAAAACCGCGUCUAGACGCAGGAAAUGUUUCAAUGGAGACGCGGUUCUAAAACAAAUUGCGUCUAGACGCGGUUUUCUCCAGCCGCGGCUAGACGCAAGAAAUGUUUCAUUGGAGACGCGGUUCCAAACCAAAUUGCGGUUAGACGCGAUUACAAAUUAAAUCGCGUCUAAACGCGUUCGAUUCGACAUUCAAGAUUUUAAAAAAAUAUUGCAAUCCGUCUCAGGUUUGAACUGAGUCGCCAUCGAUAUCCCCUAACGAUGGUCUUUACCUCACUAAAGGCGAACGGAAGGUUGAAAUGUUGAUUUAUCUAAAACGAUAGAAAUGAGAUUAGAGCAAGUGAACUAGCAAUUAAGAAGCAAGUAUACAUACCAUGAAGCCACAUGUGACCACAAUCGUUGUCGAAUGAAACAGAAAGUAUAUAUGAAUCGUGACUUCAUAUCUAUAUUAUGUACAAAUGCAUUUAUCAAUAGGACGUUUUCUGCCUAAAUUAUAUCUCAUUUGUUAAUAUUGAUAUUCUU